AAUACACAAUGCAGUAUACGCUUUCGAAGAUCACGGUCAAUAUUAAUAUAAACGCAAUCAAAUGGUAUUGAGCACUGAGUUUUGUAGCUCUACACUGCCAAUCUUGUACUUUCACCCCAACAAAUAGGCGCAUAAUGACGCAAAGACCCAUUCUUAUCUCUGGCGCCGGACUGGCAUCUCUGUUGCUCGCCCAAUCCCUGAAGAGAUCAAGUAUACCCUUUCAAAUCUUUGAGCGCGAUGCCUCUCUCCACUUUCGCGGUCAGGGUUACCGUCUACGUCUGUCCAGCGAGGGGCUGGAUGCGAUAGAAGCAGUCCUUGACGCUGCAGCAUUCCAACGCUUUUAUGAUCGCUGCGGAAAGACCGGCGGAAGCGGCUUCGCAGGCUUUGAUGCCAUUACGGGCGAGCAGACAGAUUCUGCCACCGGUGGUGAGUCGUUGGGGUCGCGAGAGGGAAAGAUCGUCGGUAUUGCGCGCGGAGAUAUGAGAAAGCUGUUCCUGGAAGGUAUCGAGGAUACCGUUCAGUUCAGGAAGCAUGUCAAAGGAUAUGAAUUAGUGGAUGACGGUGUUCGAGCAAUUUUCACCGACGGCACAAAAUCUGACCAGGGAUCUAUGCUCGUUGGAGGCGAAGGGAUCAAUUCGGCUGUAGCUAAGCAGGUGUCUGGGGGCCGACUCAAGGUCUACGACACCGGCGCUAGAGGUAUUCACGGGCAGGCCCCAACGACAGCAUUCAAGCGUCUCGGAGAAGGGGUCUUCCGGAUCUCGGACGACUCAAACCCUGACGGUCGUCUUGGUAUCAUUACGAACGUCCGUCCAAACGACAUGGACGAUCCUAACGUUGAGUUCGGGUGGACGAUGGUAGGACCCCCUGGAGUUAUCAAGGCACCCAACGACGACUACGCCAUCGUAGGCAAAACAGCAGCUGAUAUCGCCAAAUCACUUACUUCGAAAUGGAACGAGCGGUUCAAGCCUCUAUUCGACGAAAUGAACGAGUCUGAAGCUGCUUUCUGGAAAAUCACGUGUUCGACGCCCAGCGGCGUCCCUGAAUGGCCCAAUGAGCCGCGGGUAACUGUCAUUGGAGAUGCUGCACACUCAAUGACACCGGCUGGAGGAAUUGGAGCAAACACGGCUGUCAGAGACUCAGCCUUGUUGGGACGCUUGCUCGCUGAGGCCGGUGGGUAUCGGGAAGACGUGACGGCUGCGUACGAGAAAGGUAUGAGAGUCUAUGGUAGUGAAGCAGUUGCCACAAGUUAUGGCCUUGCCACAAAAGGCUUUCAAAUUAGUAUUGACGAAUCCUCGACCCCUACUGUCUAGACAGAGAUUAGAGAAACCUGGGGCCUAUAGUAUUGCACGAGCCACCAUAUGAUUAUAUCGUACGCAUUACAACCUAAAUAUAAUUUCGAAAACAACAAA